AUGGAAGAAUGCACAACAUAUUUAUUUCAAAAUCCGAAGCGAGAAAUUCUCUCAGUUUUUGAUGCUUAUCGAGAUUAUCUUCAAAUGAUUACCGAAUUAAACGAAUCCGUCAAAGGAAUUAUGACAACUGAUGAUGUUUUCGUUAGUAAUUCGACUAUGGCAAUGAUCGAAAUGUUAGAGAAAUUUGAAAACUGGAUAUCAGAAUAUCCACCAGCAGAUAUGGCUGAUCAGCGGUUCGGUAAUAAGUCGUUCAGAAAUUGGUACGAAAGAUUAUCACAGGAGGCUUUUUGUGCUAUUGAAGAUUUAUUGCCUCCGAACAAGAAAGGAGCAGUUGUGGAAUUAGUUCCAUAUCUUUUGGAUUCAUUUGGCAAUUCUAUUAGAAUUGAUUACGGUUCAGGGCAUGAAGCUUGUUUUCUGAUCUUUCUUCUUUGCUUGCGAAAAUUGGGCAUAUAUGGUGUAGAUGAUAAUAAAGCAUUAGUAUUGCGGAUUUUUUUGAAGUACUUACGCAUAGUUCGAAAUCUUCAAAUGACAUAUCGAAUGGAGCCUGCUGGAAGUCGUGGUGUUCAUGCUCUAGAUGAUUUCCAAUUCAUACCGUUCUUAUGGGGCAGCUCUCAGCUGAUCGGUAAUAAACUUAUUGUCCCAGAUUCGUAUUUAAAUCAAGAAAUAGUUGAAAUUUAUGCUUCACGAUAUCUUUUUCUAGACGCCAUAAAACAUAUAAAUGAGGAGACAAAUUUUCAUCGUGAAAUUCCUUUAAUAGCAAAUACUUUUCAGACGAAAACAGGUCCAUUUCAUGAGCAUUCUAAUCAGUUAUGGAACAUUAGUGCUGUUCAAAAGUGGGAAAAGGUUAAUUCAGGAAUGUUUAAGAUGUAUGAAGCCGAGGUACUUAAGAAAUUCCCAGUUAUUCAACAUUUUGUCUUCGGUUCAUUAUUUUCAAUUGAACAAGUGAAAGUUGUUGGAGCUUGA